UGGAGGUCCUGCGCGCUGCUCUCCACACCAAAAUCAACUGAAAUAAAGAUCCCACUUCAGAGGUAGUUUCUUCGUUAGAUCGCAUUGGUUUGUAGGUGCUGUCGUCCCUCUCUGGACACACGGGCCUCCAAUUUGCAUCUGAAUCUUCAACUGUUUUGAAUUUUCCCAUUACACACCUCGCUCAAGAGUGUUUUCUUCUCAGGGGGAAGGCUUCCAGGGAUGGAGUCCAUGCCGGGACAUCUCCGAGACGCGGGCCGAGACGCCAGCUCUUCCCCGAGCUCCAAGCGGGACGCGCAGAGCUUCCCCGGCCCCGGCAGCUCGCUCAAGCCCAACCAAGUGAGCGAGACCUCCCUGUACGGGGUGCCCAUCGUCUGCCUGGUCAUAGACGGCAAGGAGAGGCUCUGCUUGGCGCAGAUCUCCAACACCCUGCUGAAGAACUACAGCUACAACGAGAUCCACAACCGGCGGGUGGCCCUGGGCAUCACCUGCGUGCAGUGCACGCCGGUGCAGCUGGAGCUGCUGCGGCGCGCCGGGGCCAUGCCCAUCUCCUCCCGGCGCUGCGGCAUGAUCACCAAGCGGGAGGCCGAGAGACUCUGCAAGUCCUUCCUGGGAGCGCACAGCCCUCCCAAACUGCCGGAAAACUUCGCGUUUGACGUGUGCCACGAUUGCGCGUGGGGCUGCAGAGGCAGCUUCAUCCCCGCCAGAUACAACAGCUCCAGAGCCAAGUGCAUCAAAUGCAGCUUUUGCAACAUGUAUUUCUCCCCAAACAAAUUUAUUUUCCACUCCCAUCGCACGCCAGAGUCCAAGUACCUGCAGCCGGACGCGGCCAACUUCAACUCGUGGAGACGGCACCUGAAACUGACGGAGAAGGGCUCGGCUGAGGACAUUCACCACGCGUGGGAGGAUGUAAAGGCCAUGUUCAAUGGGGGGAGCAGAAAGAGGACUCUACCCAUGAGUGGCUCGGGAAUGUCGUCUCUAAAAUCCCAGGCCUCGUCCAGCCUGGCUCAAGCGAGUUCCCCCGAGAUCCCUCACAAAACUUUACGGUGCGAGGAGGAGCAGGGGAGCACUAAUCUGGGCUUGGCUGCGAGUGGCGCACGGAGCUACCCGGUGAUCCCGGUUCCCAGCAAGAGCUUUGGCAUGAAGAUCCCCCCUCCUCUGUUCCCUCACCACCCCUAUGCUUUCCCCACGUAUGGCCUGUGUCAGAAAAAGGGCGACGGGGUGCCGGAUCCGACCAAAACCGGCGUGUCCGGGGUGUUUUGGCCCGGCAAGGACGCGCUCUACCCGGCCUUCCCGGUGUUCUGGCCCGCGGCGGGCGGCCUGCCCAUGCCGCCCUAUCCGGGCUCCCCUAAACCCUACCCGGGCUCCCCCCCCAGACCCCUCCCGGAGCCCUCAGGCAUCCGGCAGGGCGAGCACGGCUCACCCGAGCAGGGCGAGCGGGGCGCGCACACCCCCAAAGACGCGCACCCGGAGGAGCGCAGCCCCGGCCCCGGCUCCGGCCCCGGCUCCGGCUCCGGCUCCCAGGCCGACGAGGACCGGUCCGGGGACGAGUCCUCCUCCCAGAGGAGGACCAGCUACAUCUCCGCCUUCAGGCCCGUGGUGAAGGACGCGGAGAGCAUGGCCAAACUGUACGGGAACCGGGACUGCUAUGGCGGGUCCCGGCCCGGAUACCUGUCCCCGGAUUUGAUCAGCUCCAGCUCCAGCUACAGGUCCGUCUCCCCGGACAGAGACAGCGCCGGGGAGGACGAGGAGGACGAGGAGGACCCGGACGUGGACGUGGAGUCCAACCGGGGUCCGGAUGAGGAGGAGCCGGUGCGGGUCUCCCCGGGCGGGGGUGUGCGGGACUCCCCCGGGGCCGAGCGGCUGCUCUCCCCCGGGGGAGAGCCGCCCUGCCCCGGGGCGGAGGACGCCUGCAGCCCGGCAGCAGCAGCAGCAGCAUCACCGGAGGACACGCAGCUGCGGAGCGGCUCCCCUCUUCAUGAAGUGUACACUCCCUCUUCCAAGCCAUCGGGCAGAUCCAACGGUGUUCUUCACGUGUCUGAAAUGCAAAACCCACGCAACGCAGCGUCGUUUCAGGAGCUAAAGGACAGACAAGCUGAUGGAGCUCUGCGCAUUGACAUCAGCGUGCAUGAACGAAAUUUGGAGAAGAUGGCUAAAGAGGAGCUACAGAAGCAGCUUGUGGAACAAGUAGAGCUGCGGAAGAAGUUGGAGAGGGAAUUUCAGCAUUUAAAAGAUAAUUUUCAGGAUCAAAUGAAGCGUGAGCUGUCCUACAGAGAGGAAAUGGUCCAGCAGCUGCAGAUUGUUCGAGAAGCUCAUGACGCCCUUCACCAUUUUUCCUGCAAGAUGCUCACGCCUCGUCAGUGCACCGGAGUCUGCACCUUCAAACCCCCGCUGCUGCCUCCCUAGAAACCGGACCCACCCUGCACCCAGCACAGCCAAAAAAAAGAGAAAAAAAAGAAGAUUUAAAAUGUAUACACACAAAGAUCUGUCUCGAUAUCUCUCAAGUGUUGACCUGUAACCCAAGGACCACCUACCUACCCUGCUGUACAGAUACACUGCUGAUUCUGGCACUCCAGCGGAGACGCGGAGGAGGACGGUUUUGGCAGCGUCCUCUCCCCCAAAAGAACUGACAUCUCAUGUUAAAGAGAUCUGGAUUCAGGUACACACGAAGUUGACUUAAAGCUGUGAAUCACAGGAUUAUUUAUCUAAAGCUGCAAAGCUCAAACCAAGGAGUCUCACCGAAUCAAAGCUGUCUGCUCUUUUGCUCUUCUGAAAAGAAAAAAAAAGCUACACUAUAUACGUAUAUAUAUUUAUCAUGUGACAAUGUGCAAUUGCUUGUAUAAUUGUGAUAUUAAGUUUAAAAUGAAUGUUAUGAUUUAGAUUUGGUUGCUUGUUUGAAUAUGUUGAAUUUUUACAUAUUUAUCUGUGUUUGGUUUCAUUUCUUGUUUAGAUCGUUUGUAUCACUGUGUAUGUUGUUAAGCACUUUAAAUGGGCAACAUUUCUAAAUUUGACCAAAUUCUUUUUAUCAAAAGCGCUUUUGUUUUUUUAAAUACAACACAUUAAGACUAUACGAGCACUUACUCCAGCAGCCUUUCAGGUUUGACACAAAACAAUAAAAGAUUUCUCUCUCGCAGAACGAAAGCUUGGGAGUCACAGUUUAACAGUAAUCAUUUGAAGAUGUCAUGUAUGGUUCGCAAUGAAAGCUUAAACACAUCUUUUCUGUUUCAGUGGGUUUUGUAUGGCUUCACUGGCAUCUGUCAUAGCAGACUGAACCAAAACUUAUGCCAUCUGGUGGUCCUUUUUUUAAGAAAAAGACUGAAUCAAAGAUAUGUACUGUAAACAGAGAGAAGAGCACAUUUUCUGUCAGUGGUUGAACUUAGUUUGUAAUUUACACGAAAAAAAAACACACAAAGAGCAGUUCUGAGAAGAGUAAAUACUUGACUCUGAUUCAAAUCAUGCAUCAUUUUUCUCAUUUCUGUAUGUACUCAUGUCAACAUUAAUAAAA